AUGAGUGGAGCGGCUUCUCAUGAGCCCGGGGGCUUUCCCGAACUGGAAGAAGAGACACUGCGACACCUGGAGGGGAAGUCCUAUGUUGUCGGCACCAACGAGUACCGUCUGACCCGUCUCGUUGGGGAAAGUAUGAAUAUCUAUCAUAGAUUGCGACGCGCAGUGUUUUGGGCGACCAGGAUCAGUGACGGCUUCGAGGUCGUCGUCAAAUUUUUUAUUGAGUGCGGCUUCCACAAACCCCCUUAUUUCUUACAACACCCUAUCCUUGCCACUGUGGACCCACACCGGGGCAUCUUCAACCGGCUCAGAAGCACCGUAAUCGAAGGCGAAUUCCAAGCACUCGACGCGGCGGAAGAUGUGAAGGGUCUUCCACACAUUCUCGAUCGUAGUAGGAGCAGCGGCGAGGUGGUGCAAGGCCCGGAGUUCGAAUAUCCCGGAGGUAGACUGGACAUCGUGGCUAUGACCCGGCUGCCCGGGUAUCCACUGAAUUUUUUUGAAGGGCAGCUUCAGCUGUGGGAAGUGGAUCAUGUCAAGGGUGAAGUUCUGCGGAUUGUCAGGGAGCUGAGGCAACGGGGCCAGGCGUAUGUCGACGGUGACCCAGACAAGGUUAUCUUCGACAGACGGAGUCUACAAAGUGGGUAUCUGCUCUCUCGGACGCGCACAUCCCACCUCUCUUCGCGAGUUCCCUAUUAG